CAAUUCCUCGUCAACGGAUCUCUACAGGACAACACUUACUCGGGGAAUAUCGCCAGCUUCGAAGCGACACCGGAAGGCGCGGUGCCUGGUGCGCCCCCAAUCGUUAGGGGCGUAAUCUGCACAUGUCAAAAGCGUCCCUUGUCCCGCGCUGUUGGGUCCUGCAUCCUGCAAUUCUUCUCACACGCCCGGGAUCUUCCGUCACGAUUGCGUCUUGCAGCAUCGUCAACGCCCAACCUUGAUUGCUGCUGCUCCUGCAUCCUCUCGUUCCUUCCAUUUCCUUCUACGUUGGGGUUGGUGCUUUAGCCGGCCGGGAAAAUGCUGCGCGUCGCUUCGUUUGUCUCGUUCUUUUUGCUCGGGGUGGGAGUGCCACACGUGUGGGCGCAAAGUACCUUCGAGCCGACCGACUUCAACGUUACGGAGGCGCUGCUUGAUAACGGCGUCAAUGUAUCAGCCAUCCCGGCAUUGGAGGGCUUGGUGACAAGGUCGUCGCCAAGCGCGUGCUCGAUUGCCUGUUCUUCUUUGAAGUUCCUCUUCGGCAGCAGUAAUGUCAUCAUCCAGGGUGCCUCGGGGUAUGACUCCUUCACCGACUCGUACUGGUCGGUGCAGCAGGCGAGCGUGGACCCAUAUUGCAUCUUCAAGCCCUCCAAGGCUUUGGAUGUUUCGACGCUCGUGCUGAUAUCGAGACUUACGCAAUGUCCGUUUGCGGUGAGGAGUGGCGGGCAUGCGGCGUUCGCGGGGUCGUCGAGCAUUCAGGGAGGCAUUACGGUUGCGCUGGAGAAGAUGAAGGGUCUGACGCUGUCUUCGGAUAAGAAGGUUGCUGCUAUCCGGCCUGGUAACCUAUGGUAUGAUGUGUAUACCCAGCUUGAGUCGCAGAACCUUGCCGUGAUCGGUGGUCGGGUAUCUGCUAUCGGUGUGGGUGGUUUAACCCUAGGAGGCGGUAUCUCCUUCUUUUCCAACAUCUACGGUUGGGCCUGCGACAAUGUCGCUAGCUUCGAAGUCGUUAGCGCGUCUGGCCUCGUCAUCACCGCCUCGCCCACCUCCUUCUCAGACCUGUACUGGGCGCUCCGUGGCGGCGGCAACAACUUCGGCAUCGUCACCAAGUUCAACCUGCAGACCAUCUCGCAGGGCCAAAUGUGGGGCGGUGGCCGCUUGCACCUCGAGACCGAAUUCCCCGCCGUCAUCGACGCCUUCCACAACCUCGGUAUUAAUGCUGCUCAGGAUCCCAAUGCCGCGCAAAUCCUCUCUUUUGCAUACGCCCAGGGCACGAAGUUCGCUUCCGCAGAUCUUCAGUACGCGAAGCCUGUCGCCGAUGCUCCUAUCCUGGCGGAGUACAUGGCUAUUCCCGCCAUCCAGGACACCACCAAAGUACGCAGCCUCGCAGACCUCACCGUCCAAUUCAAUGCCAGCAACCCCAACGGCCUGCGCGAAACGUACUGGGCCGUAACCUACAAGCUGGACAAAGACUUCACCACCUUCGUCAAGGACGUGUUCUUCGAGGAGAUCGCCGCCAUCGCCGACGCCGCGUCUCUCAUCCCCGCUGCCACCCUGCAAGUCAUCACCUCACCCAUGCUCGAAAACAUGGCCAAGAAGGGCGGCAACCCCCUCGGCAUCACCACCGCGGACGGGCCCCUCCUCAUUCUCAACCUGAACAUGAUGUGGGCGAACGCCGCGGACGACACGCGCAUCUUGAAGGCAAACUCUAACAUCGUAAAGCGCACGGUCGCUGAAGCCGAGAGCAGGGGCCUCGCCGUGGACUACAUCUACAUGAACUACGCCAGCCAGUUCCAGGCUGUGGUGCCGAGCUACGGCGCGACGAACCAGGCGAAGCUGAAGAGCAUUGCGAAGAAGUACGAUCCGACGGGCGUGUUUCAGGAGCUGCAGCCCGGGUACUUUAAGUUGGAUGGCGCGCCGAAUCCGAAUAUGCCUUGAGGGAUCGAGAAGGCUUGAACGCUCCUUGUACAUAUAUGAGUAUAUACAUAGG